AUGGGGAAUCUGCCUGGCCGGGAGAAGCCGCUCAGCAUCGCAUCAGUAUCUGCUGACACCACGCAGCCCCCGCUGCCGGCCCAGCCGGGGCUGGCACUGCGGGGGAAACUGAGCCCUCUCACCUUCCCUGCAGCCCCCAGCAGUUUCCAGGCCCUGGCCCUCUGUGACUUCCCCUCCGGCACAGGGGUGGCCACUGUGCUGAGGAUGGGGGAGCAGCUCCGCAUCCUCUCUGAGGACGGCGAAUGGUGGCUGGUGGUGUCCGAGGUGUCUGGUAAGGAGUGCCACGUCCCCAGCAGCUGUGUGGCCAAGAUCAGGCACGGGUGGCUGUACGAGGGCGUCAGUCGGCAGAAGGCGGAGGAGCUGCUGCUCCGUCCAGGCAACCACAGCGGGUCCUUCCUGAUACGGGAGAGCCAGACCAGGCGAGGCUGCUAUUCACUGUCGCUGCGCCGCGGGGAACGCGCUGCCUGGGCCUCGGUGACUCACUACCGCAUCCACCGGCUGGAGAACGGCUGGAUCUACAUCUCCCCCGGGCUCACCUUCCCCAGCCUGCACAGCCUGGUGGACCACUACUCUGAGUUCAGCGCGGGGCUGUGCUGCCCCCUCAGCCAGCCCUGCUCCACAGACGGCAUGAGGGCGGCCCCGGCUCCAACACCGCCUCUCGUCAAGAAACCGUCGCUGCACUGGGACAAGAUCGACAGCUCCCUCCUGCUCUCGGAGAACGCAUCUCCCCCGGAGGACUCCCCCUUCAGCCUGGGCCUGCGGGAAGCCAUCAGCUCCUACCUGCUCCUCUCAGAGACCGACAACCCUGAGCCAGACCCCGCAGGGAACGGGGCAAAGAACAGCUGAGGACAGGCCCCAGCUGGCCAGAGCCUGUGCUGGACACCCAUCCCCCAGCUCAGCCUUCUCCUGCUUUCAGCCACAAUCCCAGCUCCUCGAUGCUGGGGAAGCUGGGCCCGGGACAGCCCACACCAAGGUGGGGCCAGGCACCAGUGCAGGAGGAAGGGGCUGCCCGAGGGCCCAUCCUCCCCCGAGUUGGGCACUCAGGGAUGGGAUCUUUGAGCACCAGAGCCCCUGGGAGGAGGAGGAGGCGGCAGAGGCUGCA